AUGCCCAUCAACAUUACGGGGCUCUUUGUGGCACUUUUGGUGCUUUGGGUGGUAGCAGGAGCAGCGCUGUAUGGUCUAGUGUUUAUAUUCAAGCACCAACCUCGUCCAGAAACCUCAAAUGAGAAAUUAUACUACACUAAUGAUGGCCUUGAAGACACAACUUAUUCGCUUCCUUCGAGACUUCUGUCAAUAACAGACGGCCCAAGUGCCACUACAGACCUCAGUGUGGUGAUUCCUUGCUAUAACGAGACCGAGAGGCUAGGAAAAAUGUUGGACGAAGCAGUGGGGUACCUUCGGUCCACGAGGUUGAAGUAUGAAAUCAUAAUUGUCGACGAUGGAAGUCAAGAUGGUACCGACAAGUAUGCCUUGAACAAAGCGGUGGAGUUGAAGCUCGCUCCUCAUAUCAUGAAAGUUGUAAAAUUGGAUCACAAUCGUGGAAAAGGUGGAGCUGUGACUCACGGCUUGUUGCAUUCGCUGGGAAAAUUGGCACUUUUUGCCGAUGCCGAUGGUGCUACCCAAUUCAGCGAUGCUGAGCACCUCAUUACUUAUCUCCAGAAGCUUCCAGAAGACAGUGCUGGUGUCGCUAUUGGGUCCCGAGCCCAUAUGGUCAAUACGGAAGCGGUGGUAAAACGGUCGUUUAUUCGCAAUUUUCUCAUGUACGGGUUGCACACGUUGGUGUAUGUUUUCGGGAUCCGAGACGUCCAAGAUACCCAAUGUGGGUUCAAGAUGUUCAACAGAAAAGCGGUGAAAAUGAUCUUUCCACAUAUGCAUACUGAAAGAUGGAUUUUUGAUGUUGAGGUGCUUCUUCUUGGCGAAAUACAGGGAAUCAGCAUGCGAGAAAUCGCGGUUAAUUGGCAGGAAAUCGGAGGAUCCAAAAUAGAUUUGGCUCGAGACUCCAUAGGCAUGGCCAUCGAUUUGGUGGUGACAAGAUUGGCUUACAUUUUUGGGGUCUACAGGUUGGACGAAUGCGGCAACGAAACCAAGAAAAAGGAGUAA